ACAACCCUUGUCGCCCUCCUACUCUCAGUGUGGGAAGCAUGGGGAGGCCACCAUGUUGCGAUGAGCACGGCGUCAAGAAGGGCUCUUGGAUGCCUGACGAGGAUAAGAAGUUGACGGACUACAUUCAGAAGCACGGCCAGGGGAACUGGCGGCGGCUGCCCAAGCUCGCCGGCCUCGACCGGUGCGGCAAAAGCUGCAGGCUGCGCUGGACAAACUACCUCCGCCCGGACAUCAGGAGGGGGAAGUUCACAGACGAAGAGGAAAAGCUCAUCAUCCAACUCCACUCUGUUCUCGGCAACAAGUGGUCGACCAUCGCCACCCGUUUGCCCGGAAGGACCGACAACGAGAUCAAGAACUUCUGGAACACCACUCUGAGGAAGAAGCUGCUGCAGAUGGGCAUCGACCCCGUGACGCAUCAGCCAAGAACCGACCUCAGCCUGCUCUCCAGCUCGACGAGCCGUCUCGAUAGUUCCCUUCAGCUACAAGUAGAUGCUGCACGCUUGAUCGAGUUGCAUUUGGUGCAGAACCUCGUUCGGCUCCUUACCUGCAGUAGUCCCGCUCCAAAUCUGGACCUCAUCCGUCUCCUUGGAUCAGCUGUUCCUAAGAACCACCACCAAGUGAACGAUCUCUUCGCUUUGACCCCCCAGCUCUCGAGUCUCGUCAACGGAUCACUCGGUCUUCCCAGUUUGGCGCCGGUGGGUCAAGAAAUCCUUUCCGUGAAUGGUGGACAAACAGCUGCACCUUCAUCUGCAGAUGAUUCAAGCUCGGAGAGUAUGAUGACGAGCAAAGACUGCGGUACAAACUCCGGUACGAUCCCGGCAUCGGUUACUGCACCUUCGUUGGUUUCAUCUCCAGAGAACAUGAGUAAGAACGAGACCAUCUCUCUCGAGGGAUCUACCAACACGCCCACCUCGCCACCCUUCGAGGCUUGGGAUGCCCUAAACCUGGACGAUUUUGGCUGGAAAGAAAUCAUAGAUCAAAUGUCGCCAUGGCUAAAUGCACCAUAGGAGCCACAGCUCAAGGAAAGCACCACUCGCGCAGGAAGACAAGUGGUGGUAGAUGACUUUUGUGAUGCAGAAAAUACUGGUCGUGUACAUCUUGUUUUUUUGGGUGUGUGUUGAGACUUGAGAUUGUUUCAUGUUAUGUUCAGCUGGUAAUAAUAG